UUUUACGGCUUCAGUAGCAUUUACGGCAGAACAACUACUGUAACGCAUGUGCACUAUGUUGACCUCUAAUAUCUCAAGCAUGGCAGCUCGGAUUUUUACAAAAGGUUUUUGUCGGCUUCGACCCACACCGAAUGGACGUCACUUUGUUACUGCAGCGUCCAUUAAAUCCACUCAGACCCAAACGGACGAUGUUAGCGACGAUACCUUAAAGCUGUCGCUGCAGAAACCGGAUUUUUUCCGUGUGUCGGAUCUCUUCACCCUGAACGAUCUGUUUCAAGCCAGAGUUCAUCUGGGCCAUAAAAGGACUUGCAGACACAGGCUGAUGGAACCUUACCUGUACGGCUGCCGUUUGGAACACGACAUCAUUGAUCUGGAUCAGACUAUGGAGCACCUGCAGUUGGCUCUGAACUUCACCGCCCACAUUGCUUUUCGCAGAGGUAUCAUACUGUUCAUCAGCCGCCACCGACAGUUCUGCCACCUCGUGGAGACCACUGCCAUGGAAUGCGGGGAGUACGCACACACGCGGUACUGGAAGGGGGGCGUCCUGACAAACGCCCACGUCGAGUUGGGCAAAGGGGUCCGCCUGCCAGACCUCAUCAUCUUCCUGUCCACUUUCAACAACGUCUUCAGACAGCACGUCGCUAUCAGAGACGCAGCCAAGAUGAACAUCCCCACGGUGGGCGUGGUGGACACCAACUGCAACCCCAGCCUGGUGUCGUACCCCAUUCCGGGUAACGACGACACUCCUGUUGCUAUGGAGCUGUACUGCCGCUUGUUCAAGAAGACCAUCAACCUCGCCAAACAGAAAAGGAAACAGAUGGAUUUAUUACAAAAUCUGACGGCUCCGUCUGGGUCCUGAUCUGCCAGAACUUGUUUUACUUUAAAAACCAGAAACCUCUGCAUCACGUGGUCCUCUGUCAAAACCGUCUGAUUGCAUGUUGGCUGGAGCUUCUCGUCUCAUUAAACAGUGAAAUGUGCUGAACAUUGUAAAGAAACGAGUUCAUGUUUAUCUGAAGAAAAGUGGUUGUUUCACGUUGAGAAGAGUUUUUUCAUAAAAUGUUGUUCUUCACAUAA